AGGAAACGUAAUGUGGGUCAGUCGCUGAUCCGUGCAGAUUUGAAGCGUGUACUUCCUAAAGCAAAUGAUGUUCUAUUUGUAUGUACAAACGGUUAUAAGUACGGCGUGGUAUGUCUGUAGACUCUGUACGCGAACUGUAGUCUGUUUUGAAAUAAUCCGACAUGCAGUUAUCACAGCUUGACUUGUAACUAGAAUAUAUCCACCAGGAUAUAUUUCGGUCUGGAUGUUUGAAUGUCACGAUUCAUUUUACUUUGGAAUAACUUGUAUAGGGCAAAUAUAGUCAGGGAUUUGGGGUUUCUGACGAUUUUCCCAUGUAUAUCUUCGUAAGAGAAGCGGUAUCGUAAUAUUGCUGAUGUCAGCAAAAUUUACCGUAAGUUAUCUGAACAGUUAAGCGCUUCUAGGAAUACAUUAAGUUAGUUUGUGCUGAGUUCACAAGUGGAGGGGUGGAGGAGACGUUUUUCUAGCGGGCAGCGAAUGAGUAAAUAGCAACGAUUUGCGUGACGGGGCCUAUCCGCACUUCUCACUGGCUGAAAUUCGAUCAAUGUCUUUGCGGUGAAGUCAUUCACAACAUAGGGGAGUGGUUGGCGCAUGCGCGCUGGGGGGGAAAGCAACAAGUGGCAUGUCGGUUUGUUACGGAGAGGAACUGCGGAACGUGGUGCUGACGUCACAGCCGCGGCCAGGUGGCAUUCCGAGUGGAGAGAGAGGACGUGGAGUCACAGUCAGAAUUCCAAAUCAGAAUGCGAGUCAGAAUGCGAGGCGCGCGCCUUGUAAAUUUGAAACCUGCAAGCUACGACCGCUAGUCACACAUUUGGCGCGGCGCGGCCGAUCGAGCGACAGAAAACCUUUUAUUUGCAAUAUAGCCAAGGCUGGUAAAAGAAGGGGGAUUGCAGAGAGCGUGAUAGAAGCGGGAUAAGGAGACAGGAAAAAGGGGGCAAGCAUCAUGUCGUCUGCCCAAGUCUCUUCUUCCAGGAGACAGUCAUGCUACCUUUGCGAUUUGCCCCGCAUGCCCUGGGCUAUGAUCUGGGAUUUUACGGAGCCGGUGUGCAGAGGUUGCGUGAACUACGAGGGUGCGGAUCGGAUCGAAUUCGUCAUCGAGACUGCCCGCCACCUGAAGCGGGCUCAUGGCUUCCAAGAAGGGAGAUCCCCCGGACCACCACCGCCUCCGUCGGUGAAAGCGCAGACGGCGAUGUCAUCUAAAGAAACGGUGCAACUUAACCAUGUGGACGGAUCUUCUAAACAGCAGCAACCAGGACUUGAUCGCUACUCCCUGAACGCAGAUAGAGCUCGUUUUGAUUACCCGGGCAUUUCCGCUCAUGCUAACAGGCUUCCGAACGGCCUGAGUGGACCAAAUGGGUUCUCAAAACCGGACGACGGACCCCCUGAACUAAACCGACAAAGUCCUAACUCUCGGAGGAACCACGGACUGGUUGCAGUCCCCGGGCAAAUGAAUGUGCCUCCUAAUCUGCUGCCGCAGACAAUACUGAAUGGCCCUCCUACUACGGCUGCCAUUGCCCCGCAUGGCUUGGCGAGCCGACCCCCUCCGCCAUCCAGCAUAGGACCCGCGCUAUCUGUGACUUCUCAGUCGAUGUCGGACGUAGGCAAAAGACCGGGCUCUGUGUCAAGCACUGACCAAGAACGAGAACUGAAAGAAAAGCAGCGCAACGCGGAAGCCUUAGCAGAACUCAGUGAAAGUUUGAGGAACAGAUCCGAGGAUUGGGCAAACAAACCGAAAAUAGUAAGAGACACUUUGAUUACGCUUUCUAAUAACACGCCUUUUGAUGUGAGGUUUAAGAAGGAUCAUUCACUGUUGGGUAGAGUGUUUGCUUUUGAUGCCAUCUCUAAGCCUGGAAUGGACUACGAGUUGAAAAUAUUUAUCGAGUAUCCAAGUGGUUCUGGAAACGUGUUUUCUAGCGCAUCCGGAGUCGCUAAACAGAUGUAUCAGGACUGCAUGAAAGACUUUGGUCGUGGGCUUUCCUCGGGGUUUAAGUAUUUGGAAUACGAAAAAAAGCAUGGCUCCGGUGACUGGCGACUUCUGGGCGAUCUGUUGCCUGAGUCAGUCCGGUUCUUUAAAGAAGGACUGGGCGCUGAAAUGUUGCCCCAACCUUAUAUCGAUGCCAGCUUCCCCUUGCUGCCUACGGCGUUAGUCAGCAUACCUCGUGCCUUGCCAGCUGCGGGUGCUCCCAGGACUGGCAUUCGCAAGCGGAAAGCUUCACCCGAGCCCGACUCUGCGGAAGCGGCUCUGAAACUAUCCGAGGAACAGCAGAGGCAGCAGUGGAUGGCGAGUCAGAGUGAAGCUUUGAAACUGACCAUGGCAUCGGGUGCUUUUGGCGCUUCUCAUGGGGGACCCCCGCCGCUCGGACCUGGCCACCCCGUGCAUUCCAGUCGGACCACCCCCCCCGAAACUGCCCCACAGAACGGACAGUCCCCCAUGGCUGCCCUCAUGUCGGUCGCAGACACUUUGGGUAAUGCUCACUCUCCAAAAGACAGCAACUCUGUUCACUCCACGACAUCCACGAGGCACAGCAGCAGCAGUCCGGUCUCUCCAGCCUCCGUAUCCGGUCAGCGGCGCUUGACGUCCCGCAAUGGUGAAAUGAGCCUGGCUGGGGCACCCCCUCAAUCCAGUACUCACCCUGGUAUGGAUCAAGUCCACCCUCAAAACAUUCCAGACUCGCCCAUGGCAAAUAAUGGACCGCUGUGUUGCACUAUUUGUCACGAACGGUUAGAGGAUACUCACUUCGUUCAGUGCCCAUCAGUUCCCAACCACAAAUUUUGCUUCCCUUGUUCUCGAGAGAGCAUCAAAGCACAGGGAGCAACUGGCGAAGUGUAUUGCCCUAGCGGAGAUAAAUGCCCCCUGGUAGGUUCAAAUGUGCCUUGGGCUUUCAUGCAAGGUGAGAUCGCAACCAUUUUAGCUGGGGACGUUAAAGUAAAAAAAGAGAGAGAUCCUUAGACGUAUCGCUUCCCUCGAAAUACUAAAAACCAGUCAAGUGUAAAUACAGGUUGUGAAUAUUCAAACUGAUCGGAUUAGUCUAAUGUACAGACAAUAUUUUCUUUUGUUUCUAUGUUUUGAAACAAAGGCAGUAUCUAACGUUACACUUCAUUUGAAGGAGAGAGCCGCUUUGUUUGACUUACCUUCUUGACUGUUUACUACAUAAAUGUCGAUGUCAGUCUGUUGUGUUGGUACGGAGUUAAAGCACUUAGCAAUUACUGCUAGUGUUGUUUUUUAAUUAAUGAACACAUGCACUUCUGAUUGCCAAGGCCAGUGCUGACGCUCAGAAAAGGCAAACAUUAUAAAGUGACGUCCGAUUUUAAUGGGGUCCUGGUUUCUCUUAGAUCGGGGUGGGCAGAUUUUUUUUGAUCCCUCUUUUUAUUUUUAGUUAUGUUAAUUACUAUGGGAAGGGUUUCUUUUUAUCUUGUGGUCUGAGUAUACAAAUAUAUAUUUUACUACGUGUUUGUUUUUCCCCUUUUUUGCUUUGAUGCACGGAUGCUUAAAUGUAGAGCAAAAGCUGUACAUGAACAUAUUACGCUCUGUUUGUUUAUACAUUUCUGUAGUAACAGAAGACUGUAACGUGCCUUGGAGCUGAGUAAAUUGUAAUAAAUUUCCAUUGAUAUUAA